AUGCCCCAACCCACAAACACCAAACUAAUGGACACCUCCCCCGGCGGCGAAUCCACAAACCAGCACGUCCUCUCCCUCCCAAUCUCCAUCACCAACACGCCCCCUAACCGCGGCCAGGUACGAAGAAGCCACCAUCUACACCUCUCCCAACACGGAGCAGAAGCCCAAUUUCGGCGACACCAUCCCCCCCGCGGCCCCGCCCUCUCCGCUGCCCAGAAAACCUCUCGCGAACGCACCGAGCACCGUAACCAGAACAGACGCUACCGAGAAGCGAUGCUUGAGCACGGAUGCGGAGGGACGACUAUAGGUAGUAGUCACACCACGACCAGCACGUCUCCCUCCAAGUCCGCUGUCAGAGGCACCAGCCACAGUGGUGGUGGAAGUAUGAGUCAGGUUGCCGCGACGGCAGAGGAUCAAUCGCAUCGGCAUUCGAGUUAUGAGUCGAGUCCCGAGGUGGAGGAGAGGGAGGUGAGGGAUCGAAGGAGGCAGGGGUAUGGGGAAGGGAGUGGGGUGGGGGGUUAG